AUGGCUGCGUUGGGACGCGGAGCGACCAUCAAUGACUUGCCCACCGAAAUCUUACGCGAGAUCGUCGGUUUAGUCUGGCUCGACUCGAUCCCCAAGUCGUCGUUUCGCAACAUCGACCCGCACGGCCUCCCAUCCUCCUACCCUGACGGCCGAAAGAUCUCUUCCACCCAGAAUGACACGCGCAAGACGCUCUACAACCUCUGCCUCGUCAACAAGGCCUUCUACCACGAGGCCAGGGUGCUGCUGUUUCGUCGCAUCCAAAUCACCCUCCCGCACAGCUUCAAUCUGCUACUGAGGACGCUCGGUGCCUCGCAUCUGGCUAGCGCCUACGAAAAGUAUGCGUCGACCGGCAGCGUCAACGUCGAUCCGUCCGACCCGGCCUCGUUCGUCAACAUGGUCGCCGCAGCAGGAUUCGCACAUGCGCUCGGGCACAAGCUUGUGAUCGGCGGAACGGCCAACCCGACCCCACCCGCCAGCCGCACUCAGAGUCCUGCGCCGACAAAGUCUGCAGCUACCAUGGAACGUGCCGACUCACUCACGCGAGGUCGAUCGCGCCGCGACCUAAUCCGCAUCAAUGCAGACGAGGAUGGAGAGGUCGAGCUGAUCUGGACCGAGGACCCCACAUCGACCCCCGAGAGUCCCGUGUACCAUGUGACGCUCCGCGAGGAAGGUGACGAGGAGGCAGCCGAGCUGCAUCGCUGGGUGCGUCUGGUCGACUUUUCCAACUUUCGCACCCAGGGCUUGCGGCGCACCAUCGGCGAAGGCAUGGAACGUCGCUUCGUCACGCCAGCGCGUCUUCUAGCGCUCGUCACCGCCGCAGAAGGCCUGGUCGCUUUUGGCGCUAGUGAGACUAUGGACUCGGCGCUGUCCAACGACGUGCUUGAGGCGCUCCUCUUCCGCGACGGCGAGUACAGCAAGCCGAGCCGCUUGCGUGGCGUGUCGGUGGAGCGCAGCAGUGGCCGCUCCAACAAGAUGCUGCAGAGCCUCGACCUGUGCGAGUGCGUGUCGCCGCGCUUCGAGGAGGCCAUGAAGGAAUUCGUCCACACCCAUCUCAAGAAGUUCAGCGGACGCAUGACCGACACCGUGGAGGAAGAGACCGAGUCGGACGACGACGACGCGGCCAUGGAUGUCGACGAAGAAGAGGAGGAGCGUGGCAGAGGGCGCAGCACACGCGACCGGCGUCAGAGCAAGAGCCUCAGUCGAUCCGUGUCGACGCGUCGGCGCGACGGCGAUGGUCCCAGCCGCCAUCCAGCACGGCCCACCGCGUUCCCCUCGCUCAAUCGGCUGGGGCUGUCCGGUGUCACGCUGGACAAUGCGCUGCUGAAUCCGUUUGUACUCGCCUUCCCGCGCCUGACGCAUCUGGACCUCUCGCGCACCAAGACGGACGCGGCGCUGCUCACCGCGCUCAGCAGCUCGCACCAGCUGCAGCUCGAGAGUCUCUCACUGGCGUUCUGCAAGCGCAUCACGUCCGAGUCGGUGACCGAGCUGCUGGUGGAUGCACCGUGCACACAGGGACUCGUGGAGCUCUCGCUCGCCGGCACGCUCAUCUUCCCCACGCCCAUCGACGCCGAGGAUCUCAAGGUGAUCCUUACGCAGGCGCCGUGCUUCCGCUCGGGCAAGCUGCGGUACGUGGAUCUGGGCGGGUGCGAUCUGACCGACGAGCUGCUCGGCCUCAUCGGGCCACAGCCGUCGUUGCUGGAUUUGGGCCUGUCGCACUGUCCCAACAUCCGUCUCGAGGCGGUGAGCAAGCUGCUGCGCGAGCGCGCGCCCAACGUGCAGGUGCUCGAGCUGUCGGACUCGUGCACCUCGCGCAUCUCCACCGAGGGCCUCACCACCGCCAUCCCCGGAUACGACAGCCACGACGCCACGGCGAUCAAUGCGGUGCAUCUGCAGAGCAUCCUCGUCGGGCCGUGCGCCAAGACGCCGCCCGUGCCCAUCUCGGUGCAGCUCGCCAUGAUGGGCUUCAAGUCCGGCUCGGAGCUUCCGCAGCUGCCGCCAGCUGCGCGCGCGCCGACGAAUCUGAGGGUCAUCGGGCUCAAUCAGGCGAGUCUCAAGAGUGUCCGUGGCGGGUUUGGCAGCUGGAGGGUGAUCAGGGGCGCCGGCAGGAGAGGGUGGGUGGUGGAUGUGGCAGCGGGACCCAAUCCCGAGGCGAGCGACGAGGUGCUGCUGGAGAACCCGCCCGAAGCGCCUGUGGCGGAGGCGGUGGCCAUGGCACGCGAGGCAUCGGCAGAGGGCGGAUUGAGGCGUGGCAGAUCGGUGCGAUACGACGAGGGUUCUUUGGGGCGAAGCGACGAGGGCGACAGGUCGUCGCGGUCUCUGCUGCGUGUACCGCCAGCCUCGGGCUCGCCGAGUGCCAGGCCGACGAUCCCAUCGAUCCGGCGUGCGCACUCUGUCGGCGGAGGCUCCGGCUCACGCUCGCGAUCGCGCCACAUCCUCGCCGCCUCGCACGCUCUGCCGUCGGACGUCAAGCUGACGCCGCGCGACGAGGUGGUGCGCGAUCUGGCGCCCGACCAUCCGCGCCGGGUGGCGCUGCAGCGGCUCGUCGACGCCAACGGCCACGUCACGGGCGACAUUGGCUGGCACAGCCGCAAGAUGGAGGUGCUGCUCGGAUUCGGCUUCCUCGGCCGCGACACGGGCCUCUACGCGCUGCCCUCUUUCCAAGUGUAG